CGUGAACAGAUACAUAAUCAUCUUGAUGUUGAGAUAAAAAGGCAGAAGAAAGCUUAGUCUACCAGCUAUUUCUGACGUACUACAAGUGCUACUAAUCAACUAGCAACAUGUCCUCAGUAAAAGUGGCGGUUCGUGUUCGGCCAUUUAACAAAAGAGAAAUCAGUGCCCAGAGCACGUGUGUGAUAUCCAUGGAUGGGAAAACCACAUCUAUCCGCCGUCCAAAUUCCAAAGAACCUCCAAAAACAUUCGAAUUCGACCACAGCUACUGGUCUCACACAAACAGCUCUGAUACCCGAUUCUGCAACCAAAGCCAAGUAUAUGAGCAGCUCGGUGUAAAUACCCUGCGUCACGCCAUGGAAGGAUACAAUGUAUGCAUCUUUGCCUACGGGCAAACAGGGUCCGGCAAAUCCUACACAAUGAUGGGUGGCAAACCAGGAGUGGAGUCAGAAGAGGGCAUCAUUCCAAGACUAUGUCGAGAUUUGUUUAACAGAUUGGGGACUCAGCGGCCUGUGGAUCCCAAUUUCAGUGCAUGCUGUGUGCAAAAUCUGGUCGAGGUUUCCUACAUUGAAAUCUACUGCGAGCGUGUGCGAGAUCUACUUAACCCCAAAAGUAAGAGCAAUCUUCGCGUCCGAGAACAUCCGAUCAUGGGGCCAUAUGUGGAAGAUCUGUCCAAAUGUGUCGUACGCUCAUUUGACGAGAUCAAUGACCUUCUUGAUGUGGGAAAUAAAGCAAGGACAGUUGCUGCUACGAACAUGAAUGAAACAAGCAGUCGUUCACAUGCCGUUUUCACAAUGGUUGUCACACAGAAGUUGAAGGACAUCGAUUCGGGUUUAACGACAGAAAAAGUAAGCAAAAUUAGCCUGGUUGACCUGGCCGGGAGCGAACGAGCAGAUGCAACCGGGGCCACAGAUAUACGGCUAAAAGAAGGGGCUAAUAUCAACAAAUCUCUGACGACUUUGGGUAAAGUGAUUGCAGGGUUAGCAGAAUUGCUCCAAGAAGAAGAAAAAGCCGGACUUCAUUCCUUAUCGAGAUUCCGUGGAAAUUCCCACACAACGAUGAUUGCAACCAUUUCACCGGCUGAUAUAAACUAUGAAGAAACACUGUCAACUUUACGGUAUGCGGACCGCGCCAAACACAUUGUAUGCAAGGCCGUGGUAAAUGAGGAUCCAAAUGCAAAACUGAUUCGAGAGUUGAAAGCAGAAGUUGCUCGUUUACAGCAUAUACUCAUUAUGGAGGGCAUAGAUAUUGAAUCAGAAAUGGCCUUGACAGAGCGAAACAGUAACCAAUUAGUGCCAACAGCUCCGGUCUGUACCGCCGAACAUGAGGCAAUUAUGGAGGCCUUGCGAGCGUCGGAGAAGCUGAUCGCUGAGCUAAAUGAAACUAUGGAGGAGAAACUGCAACGCGCCGAACAACUUAGAGAACAACGUGAGCAUGAACUGAAGGAAAUGGGGAUCGCCAUUCACAAUGAAAUUGGAGUCACCGGGAUAUUCACACCAAAAGACACCCCUCAUCUCGUCAACCUGAAUGAAGACCCAUCAAUGUCUGAGUGUUUGAUCUAUUACCUAAAAGAAGGGAAAACCAGAGUAGGCCAGUUACACACCGAAUCCGUUGUAGAAAUUGGUUUGAGCGGAGAAUUUAUUUUGAAGGAACAUUGCAUUUUCUUCAAUGAUAAAGGAAUUGUCCAUUUUGAACCUUGUGCGAAUGCCGAGUGCUACGUAAACGGAAGUUUGGUGAAAGAAAGAAUUGAACUCUUCAGUGGAGCUCGUGUCAUCCUGGGCAAAAGUCAUGUGUUUCGAUUCAAUAACCCAGUGAAAGCACGUGAUAAAAAGGCCAGUUCGGCUGACCUAUCGGCAAGCAUGAUAGAAUCAAUCGACUGGAGCUAUGCAAUUUGCGAGCUUUUGGACAAGCAAGGUGUGGACCUGAGAAAAGAGAUGGAAGAUCGUCUACUUGAAAUGGAGCAACAGUUCCGCCGAGAACGGGAAGAGUCUAACAGACGUUUUGAGGAGCAGCGACGGGAUUAUGAGGAUCGAAUUCAAUUGCUGCAAGAACAGGUGGACCGUCAAUCAAUGCUCAGCUCGGCAACACAGGAAGAUUCUUUGCUGGAUUAUGAAACCACCAGUGAGUGCAACUGGAGCGAAAGGGAACAGCAGCUUGCUCAUUGGGCAUUAUGCAAGUGGCGCGCCCAUCAGUUCACAUCGUUACGCGAUCAACUAUGGGAGAACGCCAUUUAUCUCAAGGAAGCUAAUGCAUUGAGUGUGGAACUUGGGAAAACGAUGCGAUUUCAGUUCACCCUCGUAACAGAAACACCAUACAGUCCUCUCCCAAUGGGACUGUCACAGUCAUCACAGUCGCCUGGAGAAAGUGCCUCCAUGGAGGCCUGGUCCGCGGAUGACAACAAGACACCGAAGCCAUGCGGAGCGCCCAUGUUUACUAGCCUCACAACCUCAGAUCAAAGGGCUUGCAACGAUCUACGAAAUGGAAUUCUGACCUUGUUUCAUUCGACAGAGUUUAAUCCUACUCGCUCCAGGAUGAAGAGAACACACGUUGCAGUGCAGCUACGUGAUGUUUCCACGGGCAUAAAACGGCUGUUACUCAUGCGUCAGCACUAUGAACGUGAAACCGACUUUGUCGUUGCCAGUGCGGAUGAAGACGCUAGAUCAGUAAAAUCAGAUGUGUCAACCUUUCAAAAUGAGCAAGACAAUAAAGAAACAGCCAAGGAAUCAGCUAAACACAAAGAAACCGAACAAGCAACUGGAGGUGACCCUUUUCAAAUUCGAGAUUCAUGGUUUCGUUUCGUUGGGCGAUGCUUUAUUUACCUGAGUCACCUGAUCUUCGGUGUGUCGCUGAUCCAAAAAGUGGCCAUUGUGGAUGAGCACAGUCGAGUUUGCGGAUUCUUGAAAGUACUGAUUGAGCCAGUGUCCCAGAACAAUUGUGACAAUGCGUCCCACAAAACGGGUGCCUUGCAGGAACCUCCGAUCACUCAAGUUUCAUUUGAAGUUAGCAGCUACGUUGCCUGGAAAUUUCCCACUACAGAAGAAGUAAUUGCAGAGGAACUCUCGUUCCGGGAUGAGGAAGGCGACCUACAAGAUGAUUUGGUCAUGGAAACUCCUCGUCCGCAUGGUGCCACUGAAAAACCUGAGGGUGACAAUCGCUAUACAAACCAGUUGAGCAAUCAGUUCUUUCCACAGAAUACUUUAAGUGACGAUUCAAACUACUGCGAGUCAGUUCUACGAGAAAGCCUAUUUGAAGUGGACAACGAUUAUACGGAUCUAGUUUGCGUUGGUGAGGAGUAUAUGUUUGCGAUAACAAUCAUACAAAUAUCUGGAGUCAGCCCGGACUUCACAGAUAUAUUUUGUCAGUACUAUUUUCAGCACAAACCGGCAGAUAUAAUAUGUACGCAACCCAUGAAGAACGCACCGGAUUCGGAAACUGUUGGGUUUACUACAAAGACAACACUGGCUUUUUUUGAUUAUGUUCGGCAUCAUCCACUGGCAUUCGAACUGUACGGUCACAUGAAUGCGUCCAGUGAGGUAAACUAUGGUGUUGGUUAUGAGGAUUUGGAGGCAACUCUACCCAGACGUUAUCGGAUGAUGGUUCCCUUGCUUAUACCCGGAUCGGCACCGGUCCCAUCGACGAGAUUGAAUGCCGCCACUCCCCCUGUAGGCUCUGUGCUGGUGCGCCGGGAGGACAUUCUUGUCUGGUUCGAAAUUUUGGAAAUUGACUCAAACGGAGAAUAUAAUCCAGUCCCUGUUGAUCGACUGGAUGAAGCACCUUGUCAAGGCGUAUUCCUCAUACACCAAGGUCUCCAAAGACGCAUUGCUGUGACCCUGGUUUACGAAGUGCCACCAGACGCAUUCUUGCCAGAAAAUUCCUCCUCACUGCUUUUGUUCCAGGAUGUCCACGAAGUUGUCAUUGGACGAGUUCGCGAUACGGCAGAAUGGCUGGAACCCGAUUCGAGGACGCGGAUUAUCUCUUUAUCCUUGUUGCCUGCCAGAUAUUUUCCACAGGCAGGAGAUGACAGGAUAUUUUUCCGCUUUGAAGCUGCGUGGGACAGUUCACUGCACUCUUCCCCACUGCUUAAUCGAGUCACUCCCGUUGGUCAGCGUAUCUACCUGACAAUGUCAUGUUAUCUGGAUGUCAGUGGCUGCACUAGGCCUAUAUGUCUCACCAAAGAUCUGGCGAUGAUGGUGUUUCCGAGAGAAUCUAAACUCUCUGUACCCAGAUCUCUCCGAUCACUAUGGAGCUCGAUUUGCCGGGUUUCGGAAAACAGCCGACUGUCCGCCGUGUACGAUCUUCAGCUACGACAACCGCUUUCAAGUGGUAGAAAAGUCACGGCAUCUCCUUCUCCUUCGGGAGGCAUUGAAAACAACGGGGCGGCUGGAUCCGCAGUUAAGUUUGGAUCGCCUGAUACUUGCCUCGCGUCAACGAGAAUACCGCCAGAGACAGUUUGCAACCCAAUUCCGACAAAAGAUGACAAACAUUCAGACAGUGGAUUGGCUGCCUCCACGAUAACCACUGCUGAUAGUGUCAAUCUGGAAACCCAUGAUCCUAUUCAGCUUGGCAUAUCUCACAGUCGACUCACACGCUCUGCCGAAUAUAAAACAGACAGCAGACUCUACACUCUUGAUCCUCUGUCAAGAAGCUUCUUUGAGUGGGACGAAACUUCUCUUGUUCAGGGUUCCCCCAAUGAGGCACGAAAACAGCUGAUGAUGAGCCGAUGUGUGGAGGUUCUCACUUCCUUGCUACAAAUGACCAAUAAAUUGUUGAGUCCAGGAGAGCUGUCCGAGAUCGAUUUUAAUCAAGAACAACCCAGGGAUGGGGCUGAAAAUGUGACCAACAGUCGGAGUGAAGAAGACAGGACAUGGCCAAAAAUUUUGGAUUCAACGGAAAUCAACUCAUCAAAUCCUUCGAAUUCACAAACAAAUACAGAAGAAAAUUUUGAAAUCCAUCAAUCUGUGACCAUGGAUUCUCUUCAACUUCCAUCAGUCAGGGACACGGGACGCAUUCCACGACUUAUUGGCGAAUGUGACGAGGUUCGUGUCAGUCCGGUUGUAAGUCGCAAAGGAUACUUACUUGUUUUGGAGGAGAAAACUGGCGGAUGGCUACGCAGGUGGGCUGUAGUACGAAGACCUUUCCUCUACCUCUACGAAAAUGAGCAAGACCCGACUGAAAGGUGUUUGGUCAAUUUGACCACUUCUCAGUUGGAGUAUGAUAUCAAUGUUGCCUUUGCAUCGGACUUGUCGCCCCAGUCACUCAACGGACAUCAAGGCACUUUAUCUAAAAAUACAUCGGUAGAGACAAAAUUGUCUCCAACCGAGCUGGUUUCAUCCCGGUACAACAUGUUCACUCUGGUUACACAGCAGCACACGUUCCUCAUCCAAACUCUGGCCGACGGUGGAUCUGAUAUCUCGUAUUGGGCGGAACAAGCGACCAAAGAAGUCCGACUGACAAAUCGCCUGUCGAAUACCCUUAAAAGCGACACAUUUGGAGAGAUUCAUAUCAAUCCGAUUUCAUCCUGGAUAACCUGAAUGGAUUGGCAUAUCCCAACCUUGCAAAUUUUCAAAAUUUUGAAUAGCACAGCCAGGUUCGCCCCAACGAAUGUCAUCUUCAAAGUCAAAGCCGUGACUCAUAGACAAUCCACAAAUAACUCUUUUGGUGUUGUUCUUGUGGUCUUGCGGUGGCGAAUUUUCGGUUUUCGUUCCUAAUCUGAAAACACUGCUAUUUAUUCCAACCAGUCUCUUGCGUACUUCACGAAACUUUGUCUCUUCC